GGAGCAGAGCCUCCCGUCCGCCAGCACCACCUGAGGAUCCUGGAAACAGCCCCCGCGAUGGAAGAGGACCAGGAGCUGGAAAGAAAAAUAUCUGGAUUGAAGACCUCAAUGGCUGAAGGCGAGAGGAAGACAGCCCUGGAAAUGGUCCAGGCAGCUGGAACAGAUAGACACUGUGUGACAUUUGUAUUGCACGAGGAGGACCAUACCCUAGGAAAUUCUCUGCGUUACAUGAUCAUGAAGAACCCGGAAGUGGAAUUUUGUGGUUACACUACGACCCAUCCUUCAGAGAGCAAAAUUAAUUUACGCAUUCAGACUCGAGGUGCUGUCCCAGCUGUUGAACCAUUUCAGAGAGGCCUGAAUGAGCUCAUGAAUGUCUGCCAACAUGUGCUUGACAAGUUCGAGGCCAGCAUAAAGGACUAUAAGGAUCAAAAAGCAAGCAGAAAUGAAUCCACAUUCUAGUCCCUUAUGCAGUAUACAAGGAGGACUGUUCUCUAGGAUAUUCUCUUUGUGAUCAUGCAGAAACCAGAAUUAGAAGUUUGUGAUUACAGCAUGCUGUGUCCUUCAGAUAGGUGUGGUCCUAACUAUUGGCCCUUUACAGCUGUUAGUCUGUGUAAGAACCUUUGUAUUCUUCUAAUAAAUUCCCUCUUUUAUUUAAA